GAGAUGUUGGUGUCACAAAACACAAAAAUGAUAUCGCCUAUCAUUUCCCAGCUGAUUGGUGAGAGGAAAUCAAUGGAAAAUGGAGCCCUGCUGCCUCUGCCACAAGCAAUCGGUCAGCCUCAACUGUGUCCCCCAAAGCCAGCUUCUGCCAGGCACAGCGAAGUGAACAUGUACAGGUCAUUUGCUCCAGACAGUCUGGGAAUUCUGACUCCAUCAGAUGAGCAAGGACUAGAGACAGAACCACUGUCCACAGGGGACAACCUGGGCAGAGGUCCCCACAGAGGGUUCUCAUCUAUCACCAUCACGGCACGACGUGUGGGCCCUCCGGCCAACUCCUUGGUAUGGGACACUGUUAGGGACUCACUAUGUCCCAAUUGCAGGGCCAAGGAUGCUUUGCUCCAAGACCCCCCAGCUCUGGCCAGUGGUACCCAUCUAUGUCAGCACAGCGGAUCCUUCACCUGUACAGAGUUCCCCAGCAGUGGUUCCAUAGAGGGGAUGAAGGUACCCCAGGCUCAUACGAGGCUGUGUGCGAGGCAGGAGUACUGGAUCUCCCACAUGGGUGACAAAGAGGACAGUGUUUCUUCAGACAGUUCACCAUCAAGAAAAGUGCCACUGGUGUUCAGCUCAUGUGUCCACCUCCGGGUGUCUCAGCAGUGUCCCAAUGCCAUUUACUAUUUGGACAAAUCGCUUUCCGUCCCGCUUGAGCAACCUCAGAUUGCUAGCCCCAAAGUCCACAGGUCUGUCCUGUCUCUCAGCCUCCGCUGUAGUUCCCACAGGUUAACAGCAGAUGGCGUAGACAGCACAGCUAAUGGCGAACCAAUCAGCAGAGCCCUGCCGCAGGAGCUCCUGGAGGGAAAGCAGGACCUCCUAGGUCCACAAUUGGGCCAGCCGCAGGAAGGUCACUGGAAGGAGAGCCCAGCAUUGGUGCCAGUACAUUUGGGGAGUGGCACGUGCCCUCGGACUAGCUCCCCUCCCCUGGAAAAAGUCAAAUUUGCAGAUGUGAGAAGGAACCAGGUCCCAGUAAGAAAAGAGAAAGAAGAGCUUACAACGUGUACCACUAGCAGCCAUGCCGACCAACUCUCCAUCCAUAUUCCCGGCUGGAGUUACCGGGCAGUUCAAACAAAAGUAUUUUCUGGAAACAGCAAGGAGCAACAAGAAGAAGCACAAGGAACUCUUCCUCCUUCCCCAGUGGUACAGAAGCCCAUUAAACACCUCCCUCCUGAUGGAGACAGUUCACCAAGCAAUGAUGGGCAGUCUAGCGUCUUUUCUGAGUCCCAAGAGAGACAGCACCCGUACUUCCUGACACCCAGAGUCCCUUUGUCUGUGUUUCUUUGCCCUACACAAGUCACAUGUACCUCUCCGCAGGAAGAUGAUACUGCUCAGAUAGAGAAAGAGUUCCCCAAAGGCGAUUACACCUGCUGCGACUUGGUUGUAAAACUAAAGGAAUGCAAGAAGCACGAGAACCUCCUUGCCACUCCUGAGCCCUCACCAGCAAUACCCUCUCCAACAGCCGCAGAGGAACCAAGGAGCUCUGACCCGUUAGAAGGGAGUUCUGAGCCUCGGCACCUGCUGGCAAGCUCCAUGACCUUGCAGGAAGCGCUGGAAGUCCGUAGACCUCAGUUCAUUUCUCGCUCACAAGAACGGCUGCAAAAACUUAAGCACAUGGUACAGCAAAGAAAAGCGCAACAAAAGGAAAACCUGGGGCAGAAGCAGAGCCUACUUCCUGUCCGUGCCCACAAGAAGCAGUUCACCGUCCCCCAUCCUCUUAGUGAUAACUUGUUCAAACCCAAAGAAAGGUGCAUUUCAGAGAAGGAGAUGCAUAUGCGGUCUAAAAGAAUCUAUAAUAACUUGCCGGAAGUUAAAAAGAAAAGAGAAGAGCAAAAGAAAAGAGUGAUCUUACAGAGUAACAGACUCCGAGCAGAAGUCUUCAAAAAGCAAUUACUGGACCAGCUCCUUCAGAGAAAUGCCGUCUGAUCCCAGGUGGCCCGGCUAGCCACAGCCUAGAUCUGGGAAGACGAAGACGUCCGACGUUGGAUGAGCCAUUAAACUUAACACUGUCUUCACAUGUGAAAGAUACUUUUAUUUUACUUUUUUUUUUCUUUCUGAAAGACCCAAGGAAACAAAAGCAACAGUCCUGGAGUCAAUAGAUCAGCAGUCCAUUGCUGGAACUUCUAUUACUCGGAACCUGCUAGACAUACCAUCCCACCCCCUUUUUAAUUAUCAUUAUUAUUAUUAUUAUUAUUUUGACUUGUGAAUUUUACCAUUGCUUCUGAAGUUUCCAGUAUACCAUUUCCACCCAAGCAGGGAAGCUUUAUAUAUUCAAGUAUGCUUAGAUGUUGGUUUUUUUUUUUUUUUUUUUGGAGGGGGGUUGCAGUGCUUUUUUUUUUAUUAAGUUUUUGAGAAGGAAAAAUCUACCAUAUUUUAAUUCCUAAUCUCAAUGGCUGCCAAUUCUGAAAUCCAAAGUGUAGGUCAAAGUCUGCUUAUCAUACACACCUUGGAGCACCAGAGGCUGACUUUGAAAUGGACAGGCGAAGAGGCAGCGCCCAGGCAAGCCCCAGAAACCUCUGCCUCUCUUCCACCCCACCCCACAGUGCCUGCUUUUGUCAGCCAAAGACCUUGUUCCAGUGGGAGCCUGAGAAUGACUGGGUGAGGACAUCAGUGGCUUCAGCACACACACACAUGCACGCACGCAUGCACGCACACGCACACUGGAAGUUAUCUUGAUCAAAUGGCCUAGUAAUAC